AUGUCGGCGAGCGCAUUGCGCACGCUUUGGACGGUGGCGAAGCCAAAAACACCGAUGUGGUCCUUCGCGCUUUGGUCCCUCACCAAAAAAGAGCUCAAGUUGGGCCCUCAGCCGGUCAACGUCGGCACCAAGCGCGCGGCCGCCGGGCGCCUCCGAACCGACAGGGGCGCCGCGGCAGCCGUUCCCUACGAGUGGGAGGAGUCGCUUGGCUGGGAGCAGCGGGCGCCGACCGGGGACGAGGACUUUGAGGCGACCGAGCGGAGCGACUGGUGGUACCACUGGAAGUCACCGGCGCUGUUGGCGGCCAACCCAAAGGGCAUGGUGCCGACGCUGCUCGACCCUGCCACCAACCGCGCCGUGACCGAGUCGAUCGUAUGCAUCCAGUUCAUCGACGAGCUCGCCGCCGCCAACGGCUCGACUGCGCCGCCGCUGCUUCCGACCGACCCGUUCGAGCGAGCGGCCGCGCGGGUCGCGGCGGAGCAGGUCAACAAGAGCGUCACCUCGGGCUACUACCAGGCGCUGGUCCGCACCGACGCGGCGGAGCGGGCGGACGGCUUCGCAAAGGUGCUCGACGGCCUGCGCGCCUUCACGCGGGAGAGCCGAGGCCACUUUUGGGGCGGCGACUCGCUCGGCCUCGUCGACUGCGUGCUGCUGCCGUAUGCGUACCGGCUGUACGCGCUCGAGCACUACCGCGGGUUUGCGGUGCCCGCCUCGGGCGAGGGGGGCGUGUGGGAGAGGUACCAGGCGUGGCUCAGCCGCGCGACCAGCCUGCCGUACGUCGCGCCCACCCUGCCCGAGAGGGAGCGGUACCUGAGACAUGUCGCGAAGUAUGCGGAGGGCAAGGCGAGGAGCAAGGUCGGGAACGCUGUGCGGAGGGGCGCGGCGGCGCACGACUACGACGACACCCUCGACGACGACGCGGCCCACGCGCAGGGCGUCAAGUGA